AUGAGGCUCCUGGGUGCGGCCGUGGUCGCCCUGGCUGCAGCGGUUUGCCUGAGACAGGCAGCCUUCAGUCAGCCUUCAUCCCUGCGCGGGCACACGCCCAGCUUUCAGCAACCGCGCGGCGAAAGUGUCAAUGGUGCUGAGAACGGAUUUGCCGGGCGCUCGGCCAAUUUCGAAAGCGCCAUGGCCAUCGCUGCCCCUGGAUGUGCCAUGAGCCUCGCGCUCGUGACGAUGAUGGGCUAUGGAAGGAAGCAGCGAGCAAAAUGGCGCAAAGCGGUCAAUAGUGAGAAUCGAGGACGCAUCGGAUACCGGGCCGACCGAAGGCCACCCCUCUUUGGACCUGAGAAGCCACCCCACGAGAAGAAGCGGAUCUACCACUACUACUGCAACAAGAUGUACAAGGUGAUCCGUUUCGAUGACAAGGAAUGA